ACCAUUAAUCAUGACGUUCCCACGGAGUGUGGUGGACACCACCUACUGUUAAGGAGGGGCUUCAGUGACAACUCGAGGAAAAGUGUUGUUUAUUCCACUCCUGUCUGCUCAAAAACGGUAAUGGUUUGCCUCCCUACAUAAGGCGGCGUCGGUCCCUAGCUGGAGUAUUGGAACUUCCGCUACACUGCAUCGCGUAAGACUUGGGCGUCGAUCUGUAAAUAGUCGUGGAAGCACAACCUGGAUAAUAUGCAGUUCGAAAUAAUGAAAAAACGACAACACAACCCUAAAAGCAAGGCUGCAGUGGUGUUGAAGUUCGCAGUAAUGGUGGUGUUGCUAGGAUACGCGGCCUCCUACAGACUGGUAACGCGGAACGAGCGGCCGGUGCUGCCAUGUGAGAGGUGCGACACAGGGACGAUCCACCCGUACACCAUCAAGACGCUGGCGCCGGUGUGCGCCGCGUGCGGGGAUCUGUACGGCCCUGGGUACGAGUACUGCUGCAUCUGCCACGAGACAUUUUUCGAGAAGUGCGUGAGCGCCGCCGGCAGAUAACCCUGACAACACACUGUCUGUUACAGAAAUCCUUUUUUUUAAUGAGUAUUUGUUUGUUUAUGAAAUAUAUCUUAUUUUACUUCGAUCACUAUGACUUACUAGCGUUUAUUUAUUAGGCUGAUACUCGAAUUAUAUACUUAUAUACACACUUAUGUAGGCUAAAAAUGGCGAGGAACUGGAUGUCAAAGUUUUAGUGCCGCGUUUUUUGAUAACUAUUGGUUUAGGAAACAAAUAGCUUAUAUUUACCUGUAUGCAUUGCAGAAUAAUGUGUGUAAACCCCAUUGAUACGUUCUAUAGAGACAGUUCGACUUAUUUUACACAAACCGAUUGUAGCAUUGAGUAAUAAAAACUCGGUAAAUGAUGAAAAAACACAUUGCCAUUGGCAAUGUCUACACUAAAUGAAUAUCUUAAACAUUUGGUAUCGUACAUUUUACGAGAAACUAUUUUUACGGCCCUUUGAUGUUCACAAUUACAAAAGAACUGCCCCUGGGGAAAGGGAAACGUUUAUCAAAAGACUUCAUAUCUUUUUGGAACAAAG